AUGGAUCACGCUUUCAGGCAUAGAUACCAUAGAUUGACAGCUCAUCACCUCACCCCAGGCCACGGCGGAUGCUCCGCCCGAGUGGUGGAGCCUUCUGGUGCUGCGGAUUCGGGAGGUGGAGAGGUGGGAGUGACAAAGUUCAAAGCUUUGAGGGGAACGAGGGACCCAGUUGCGGAACGGGAGGAUGAGGAACCCCAGGUGGGGAUUCUGACGGGGAGGGUGAGGAAGGAGAAGGGGAGGGGGAAGAAGAAAUUUUAUGAAGUUGAAGCUAUACGUCGCAAGAGGGUGCGCAAGGGUCAGGUGCAAUACUUUAUCAAAUGGAAUGGGUGGCCUGAGACAGCCAACACUUGGGAGCCACCAGAAAAUCUGGUUUCUGUUCCUGAUGUUGUUGAAGCUUUUGAGGAGAGCUUGAAGUCAGGAAGACACCGUAAGCGCAAACGCAAGCACGUGGUGCAUCAUACUCAACCCAAGAAGAGGCUGGAGCGUUCUACCACUCCUUACAGUCUUCGACGCUUUUCGAGUACCGUUGGAAGCCAUUCACAGUCUGCUCUUCCUGUUCUUAGUGACGCUAGCCUUCCUGUUAUUCCUGCCUUUCCUCAGACUGUUCUUUUUGCUGAUGAAUUGGGAAAUGGUGCUGGCAACAAUCUUGAAAGUGCCAUACCUGUUAAUGUUAACAAAUCUCCAAUUGUUUCAGAACAAAAUGUUGAAAGGAAUGAGGAAAAUGAUUAUGAUCCUAAGCUUAGUGAGCUGAAAGCCUCUUCUGCCGGUGGGAAUGAAGCUGACAGGCUUGCAAUACGGAUUCCAGAAGCAAUGCCUUCUGGUCCUGGGUUUGCUGGCAAUAAUGGUCAAACAGUUGCUAAGCCAAAGGGGGUUCGCAUGGAAACAAGUGAAAGUGGUCGCUGCCGAGGAGCCAAAAGGAGAAAAUCUGGUUCUGUAAAGAGGUUCAACAAAGAAUUAUAUGCUGGUGAGCCUGCCAAUACACAGAACCCAAUUGGAGCAGCUGUUAGUACAGAUGAGUCAGCCCUACUAACACGGAAUGUUGGUAGUGGUGCUAAUCAUGCCAGACCUGCUAGCAAUAUUGUAAAGAUUAUAAAGCCAAUAGGCUAUUCAGCUUCUGUAGCCAGCGGAGCGCAGGAUGUUUUGGUAACCUUUGUGGCUUCAAAGUCUGAUGGAACAGAGGUGAUGGUUAACAACAAGUAUCUAAAAGCAUUUAAUCCACUUCUGCUCAUCAAUUUCUAUGAGCAGCAUCUUCGCUACAGCCCUACAUCUUGACCGACUAAAGUAUUGAAGGUGCUUUGAGUAUGUAGUCAGAUUUCACAUGACAGCACUUAGUUAUUUUUAAGAGUAUCUUUUGUAGAUGCAAAAGAUAGUAAAGGGUAAGAAAUGCAUUGUUUGUUAGUUACAUAUAGGUAUUGACAUUUUAACCAGUGGUUGUCUGGCUACAUACUGUGAUGCAACCUGGUGCCAUAAAGAACUACAUAUUUUAGUGUCUCAAGACAUGAGGAUUGGACCAAAUAGUUUCUUAAGAAUUAGUUAGUCAAGAAUGAAAAAACUGUUUUGGAUAAUGUCAAAUUUUAUGGAAAUUUAUAGCUAUUUAUUAGCAGUUUAUGUUU